AUGGAAGUCAAGAAUCCGCGCCGGGUGUUGGCGGUCUCGCUAGCCGACUCGACGCAGCAUUUGAGUAGAGUCAUUAAAGGCACAACGCACAUCCUCCCCAUCAAGACGAGCUACUACUCCGCCGACGUGCCCAUCUGGCUGGACCUCGUUGACUCCCCGGCCGAGUGGUCCGCCUCCUUUCUCUCGCCCGAGGCCAAGGAGGUUCUCACCGUGCUGGGCGGGUUGGCUGUUGUUUUUGCCCUGCCUUCUUCUUCUUCUUCAUCUUCUUCUUCGUCGACAUCAGGUCCGAUACCAGCAGAUGUCACCGCGACCGCGCUAGCACCAGCAUCGAGCCCUCCGCCUUCGGUAGAGGACACCCGCGCACUCAUCACCGAGGUCGGGAGAGUCGUUCGCGAAGGGCUCGGCGGGUGGGGAUGGGACGGCGUCGGGCUGGGCGUCGGGGUCGGGGACGGGACGGCGGACGAGUGGGAGGAUCUUUGCGCCGAGUGGGGGCUCGAGUUUGUGCAGGUUCGUGGGGGCAAGAAGGAUGAUGGCCGGAACGAGUUUGGAGCAAGAGUCCUCGAAGCCCUCGAAUCCAACGACUGGGACGCCGCAGACGACAUGGACGGCCCAUCGGACCUCGACUCGGACCUCGACGCCGCCGGUGAUCUACCCAGGAAACCUAGACCUCUAGCAGGCAGCACCGGCGGCGAUGACGACGACGACGACGAUGAGUUUGACCUCGACGACCCGGAGAACCUAGACUUCGGCUUCGACAGAGCAGAUUUCGAAGGGUUGAAGAAGGCGAUUUGGAAUCUCGAGCAGGAGCCGGAGGAUGAGGAUGAAGCAGCAGCAGCAGCAGGAGAGGGAGCAGCGGGGACGGGGAAAGCAGCGAGUGCAAGUAAAGAUGGCGCUGCUACCGAGGAACCGGACGCAAAGAAGAAACAGAAGAGCAACGAAGAAAAGGAGGACCUGGACGCCGAGGACGUGGAAAAGAUUGAGCAGAUGAUGCGCAAGUUGCAGGCCGUCAGGGACCUCAGCGCGGGGCUGCCCGAGGACCAGAGGCGGAGGAUGGCGAAGAAGGCUGUUGGGGAGGUGAUGAAGGAGCUCUGA